AUGAGCGCAUCCUCUCACGAGACUCCCAUGAAACUGGUCGAGAGUAAUAUUCCGUUGAACGUUCUGGACUCGGGGAAAAGCGUACCCAGCAGCGGCGCUCCCGACACGAUGUCAGCGACGCCAGCAUCUGCGGCUAAAGACGAUGUCAGCGUUUCUAUCGGCGACACAGGAGCCACUUCCAGUGGCGUGACGGAGGUCGCCCUUCCUGCGGCUGAGAACAAGGAGCGCGCGGAUUCCGCUGAGACAGGCCGCGGAAAGGAUGGCGGAAACAAGAACGGCGUCGUUGGGAGCAGGCUCGCCGCUGGCGCGCGGCAUGGCGGAGACCACGAGGGAAGCUUCAAGCGGAGAAUCUUCGGAAGCUUCAGCAGCGCAGCGAGCAGCGAUAACUGCAACCACGACAGCGAAAACGGCGGUCAAGAUGCGGAUUCCUCUCCCGAGCAGCCGAAAAUGGGCCACUCGCACUACUCGCACCGCUCUCCCUGGCUACGUGCCGCUCUUCUCGGCGCGAACGACGGGCUCGUGUCAACUACGUCACUCAUGAUCGGCGUGGGAGCCGUGGAGGAAGACAAAAACACCAUGGUGAUAUCUGGCCUCUCUGGGCUUGUCGCGGGCGCGUGCAGCAUGGCUAUCGGCGAGUAUAUCUCCGUGUUUGGGCAGCGCGACACGGAGGAGGCGGACCUGCGGAAGGAGCGCGCGGAGUUCGCGAAGGGACCUGAGGCGUGCGCGCGAGAACUCGAAGAGCUGACGCUGAUUUAUGUGGAGCGCGGGUUGUCGUACGAAUUGGCGCGCACUGUGGCCAUUGAGCUGCAUAAAGGCGACCCCAUCAGAGCGCAUGCACGGGACGAGCUGGGGAUUGACAUGGAUGCGCUGUCGAGCCCUGGACAGGCGGCUAUUGUGUCGGCCAUAGCGUUCACCAUUGGAGGCAUGAUUCCGCUGCUCUCUGGGGCAUUCAUUUCCAAUUUCCCCACGCGGCUUACUGUCAUGAUUGUGGUUUCCACCAUCACUUUCUUAAUAUUUGGAGCCAUUGGGGCCUGGCUGGGUGGUGCAAGAAAGUUCCGUGCAGCGCUACGUACCACAAUCGGAGGCUGGCUGGCCAUGGGCAUCACGUAUGCAGUGCUCAAGAUCUUUGGGACAACAGGAGUGAAUAACUACGGGCGAAUUAACUCGCCCGGCGAUGACAUCCGUGUAGCCUUGGCGAAGAACGCGAGCAAGGCGGGAAGUCCUACCGCGGCCUCGGGUGCGAGCUGUGACGGGGACGGCGGAGAAGAAGACGGCGACGACGCCGAGGAGGAUUGGCCGGAGAACGGCCACGACGACAGCGCUUCGGGCGACGAAUUAGGUCCUGCCGACAUCGAGGAGGACGAAUGGUGGAAUCGGCCGAUCAGGAGCAACGACAAGGUGGAAGAGUGGCGGGCUGGAGAUUCGGACAACGACGGAGGUGAAAAUGCGAAUGGUGACAACGCGGAGGCAGCGGCGGAUGCACAGGAAGCGGCGAUGGAUGCGAAUGAGGAGGCUGAAGACGGCGCGGCCGUAGUUGCGGAUGCGGAUGCUGUGGCAGAGUCGGACACGGUUGCUGCGGAUGCCGUCUUAUUUGACGGUGAAAGCGGCGACGACGACCCAUGGAGCCUUGGGACAGACGACGACGUUCCGCUAUUGAAGCGGAGGCAGCGCCAUCGCCUACAGUCCAUGUCGAAGCGGGCCCGCGUGGUGCUCUCUGACGAUGACAGUUCGGGGGAGGAGCGUAGCCCGAAACUCACCGCUGCGGAGAAGGGAAAAGCCAAGGUCGCGGAAGCUCCUGCUAAGGCCCCUGCUCGUCGCCGCACAAGCAACAAGAAGCGGACAUCCGAUGGAGACCCCGGAUCUAGCAAGGGUGCGGCUAAGAAGAAGGCGAAGAAGGUGCCGAAUCCUGACGACAUCGUCGUGAACGAGAUCGACGAUGAGUACGCGGCGGCGGCGGGCCCGAUUCCCACGUUCCCUGAGAAGGUCACGCCGAAGGACCCCACCCUCCAUAAUCCCAACACCCGCCCACCUUCCCCUCGCAGUAAGGACAAUACGAGGACGCGCCGCAGUUGGACCGUGCGUGAGAAGCUUAAGUGGGCGCGCCGCUAUCUGGAGCUCGGCUCCUUGAAGAAGACGAGCGUGGAGUCAACCGCGUCCAUCGCCUGCAUCAGACGCUGGAGGAAUCUACGGAGGCCGCCCCACCCCGUGGUGCUGCAGUGGAUCGCGGAGGCUUGGGAUCAAGUCCCCAAGCAUAUCAUCAUCGACGCGUUCCGCCACUGUGGGAUCUCAAGCAAGCUGGAUGGAACGGAGAACCACCUGGUGAUGUCUCACCUGCGCGCCAGGAGCACCACUGAUGUCUCCGCAGACAUGUGCCUCGGGGGGACUACAGGCGACAACACGCGCUUGCUCGGUCGGGCUCUAGAGGAGGAGGAGGUGAUGCAGGCGGAGGGCGUGCGGGAGGUGGCAGUGGCAACCGGCCUGGAGGUGCUGUACCAGGAGACCCCCAACUACCGCGGGGCGGCGGCCGAGGCUGACCGCAUGAUCGAGCCUAGGGAGACGGCUAGGCAUGUCUAG